CCACCGCCUGCCCCCCCCUUUGCCGCGCCCCGUCGCGCCGCAGGCCGCAGUACCAAGAUGUCCUUCGCUGCCGGCCUCACGAAGAUCACGAAGAAGAAGAAGACCGAGCAGUCCGAGAGGACGGGCGUGGCCAAGAUCUGGACGGACUACGAGGCCAGGCUGCUGGACCAGGCCGUGGAGCUCUUCAAGCAGCGCUGCGUCCGGGAGGCGGAGCAGCAGAGGUGCGAGGCGACCGUCUCGUUCGAGGUGCUCUCGCGGGAGAUCGAGGACUUCCCGAAGCGCGUGCUCACGGACUCCACCUACUUCGUGGCCUCCUGGGGCGAGGGCGUCACUGCGGAGUCCUGGUUCUACGCCGUGCGCGGGGCGACGGCGACCUUCUCGGCGGGUGCGCCGAUCCUUCUGGCGGAGGUGCUGCAGGGGAUGCUGCCGAAGUUCGUGGAGAGGGUCAAGGCCCGAGGGCCGUGGUCGGCUGCCACCGAGAGCCCGCGGGCUGCGGGAGGGGCGGGGGGGCCAGCGGAGCAGCC